AUGUGGAUGGCGUUUGUUCCCAAAGUUAGCGAAGGAAUUAAAUUAGUAACGGGGUGUAUUGGUGCAGCAACGGUAGCACAAUGUGGUAGGAAUUUACGAUACCAACUUAGUGCUUCGAUGAAUUUAUUUGAUUGUACUAAUGUGCGUGGCUCUUUGAUUUCAAGAAUUGUUUUGAUUCUAUCGUUAGUACAAGCAAAUAAAUUCAGGCAUCCAAGAGAACAGGAUGACGAAUUAUAUGAUAUUGAUUAUGGCAUUCCUAGUAAAGAGAAUUUCUUGCAGCCAGAAUUUCCGGCUGAAGGAGCAUAA